AUGUCAACUGAUACUUCUAUUAUUAUUAAACCACGAUUACCACGUAUCUCAAUUGAAUAUUGUAUUCAGUGUCGAUGGGCAUUACGUGCUGGAUGGAUUGCACAAGAAUUGUUAGUCACAUUUGGUAAUAUUAUUGGGGAGAUGGUGAUAAUUCCUGGAGCUGAUGCUGAUUUCAUUGUUCAACUUAAUGGAGAUAUCAUUUGGAACCGUAAGGAAAAAGGGAGAUUUCCUGAAUUAAAAGAAUUGAAACAAAUUGUCAGAGACAGAAUAGCUCCAGAAAUGAAUCUUGGUCAUAGUGAUAUAAAGAAAAAAGAUACUCCAACUACUGAAAGUAGGGAUGUAUGUGAUAAUGAAGGAUGUUCAUAA